AUAUAAUAAAUUCGACGCAGAUACCAGUUCAUCGAGGAAACAGGAGAAGAAUGGCGGAUGAGCAGGAGCGGAUGCUGCCAAUAGCGAACAUCGGUAGGAUAAUGAAGCAGAUGUUGCCAGCAAGCGCAAAGAUCUCAAAGGAGGCGAAGCAGACAGUGCAGGAGUGCGCAACGGAGUUCAUAAGCUUCGUGACGGGGGAGGCGUCGGAAAAGUGCCAGAAGGAGAACCGGAAGACGGUGAACGGGGACGACAUCUGCUGGGCUUUGAGCACUCUAGGGUUCGACGACUAUGCGCGGGCGAUGAUGAGGUAUCUUCAACGAUAUAGGGAGCAGGCCGAUAAGGAUAGAUCUUCCUCAUCUUCUUCAGUGGCAGCAAAUCGACCUCAGACUGGUAAUGAUGGACAGAUAACAAUCAGAAGAUCAUCAGAGGAAUUGUUUCUGGGCAGUAAUGGAAAAACUUCUUCCAAUUCUUCCCAUCAGCAAGAGGAGGAGACGGAUCGUAAUGCUCCUCCGACUCUGGAGUUUGGGAUCAUCAAUGAGAAGAACGUAUAAAGUGCAAUAGAUGGCUAGCUUUCCAUUCAUCCAUUUGUACUCAAGGUUACGGCACAAUGCCGGGGAAGGAAAGACCGAGAUAUCAUUACUGGUCGUGAGAAGACAGGAUGGUCAUCUGAACUCUACAACAAAUUACUAACUCAAGGGCACCCUGCAGUUCAACCACGAACCCGAUCACCUGUAAUUAGUACUUUACGAGCUAGAUCAUUUCCUAAAGUUCGCGUCUGCGGGAGCUGAGGACUCAUGUAUGUAUAAACAGUUGUGGAAGGUAACCGGUUUCGUGUUUUCAGUUUCCUUUCCUUUUCCAUUUCCCUAUCCCUUCAGAUGUCGUCAUUCUUUCUCCCCCUGCUAGUCCUGAAGGGCCGUCCAUAUUAAGUCGGGACAUGGUACUUUCUUACUGUCAAAUUAGAGCGGUCAUCGUUCAGAAGCUCUUUCAAGUUUCAGGAAUAUACAAGUAAGUAAAUCUGCACCUUUCAAGUUUCAAGAAAUUAAUAUGCUUAAGAACUUAACACGAAAUAUAAAACUUUAUCAGCAAAAGGAGAUCUUAUGAUUUGUUUCCAAUCUGUCAGAAUUUAAUUGAUUUUCAUCAUAUUAUCGAUUCAUUCCU